AUGAGAGAAAUUAUUCAUAUAUCUGCAGGUCAAUGUGGUAAUCAAAUUGGUGCUGCUUUUUGGGAAACUAUUUGUGGAGAACAUGGUUUAGAUAAUAAUGGUAAUUAUCAUGGUACAUCCCAUCUUCAAAGAGAUAGAUUAGGUGUUUAUUUUAAUGAAGCUUCAUCAGGUAAGUGGGUUCCAAGAUCUAUUAAUGUUGAUUUAGAACCUGGUACUAUUGAUGCCGUACGUAAUUCGAAUAUUGGUAAUUUAUUUAGACCUGAUAAUUAUAUUUAUGGUCAAUCUUCUGCUGGGAAUGUUUGGGCAAAAGGUCAUUAUACUGAAGGUGCAGAAUUAGUUGAUACUGUAAUGGAUGUAAUUAGAAGAGAAGCUGAAGGUUGUGAUUCUUUACAAGGUUUUCAAAUUACUCAUUCUUUAGGUGGUGGUACAGGUUCAGGUAUGGGUACUUUAUUAAUUUCAAGAAUAAGAGAAGAAUUUCCGGAUAGAAUGAUGGCAACAUUUUCUGUUUUACCAUCACCAAAAACUUCAGAUACCGUUGUUGAACCUUAUAAUGCAACCUUAUCCGUACAUCAAUUAAUUGAUCAUUCUGAUGAAACAUUUUGUAUUGAUAAUGAAGCUUUAUAUAAUAUUUGCCAAAGAACUUUAAAAUUAAAUCAACCAUCUUAUGGUGAUUUAAAUAAUUUAGUUUCAAGUGUUAUGUCAGGUGUUACAACAUCUUUACGUUUCCCAGGUCAAUUAAAUUCAGAUUUAAGAAAAUUAGCUGUAAAUUUAGUUCCUUUCCCAAGAUUACAUUUCUUCAUGGUUGGUUAUGCUCCUUUAACUGCAAUUGGAUCUCAAUCAUUUAGAUCUUUAACUGUACCUGAAUUAACUCAACAAAUGUUUGAUUCAAAAAAUAUGAUGGCUGCUUCAGAUCCAAGACAAGGUAGAUAUUUAACUGUAGCUGCUUUCUUUAGAGGUAAUGUUUCAGUUAAAGAAGUUGAAGAUGAAAUGCAUAAAGUUCAAACAAGAAAUUCUGAUUAUUUUGUUGAAUGGAUUCCAAAUAAUGUUCAAACUGCUGUUUGUUCUGUUGCUCCACAAGGUUUAGAUAUGGCUGCUACAUUUAUUGGUAAUUCAACUUCAAUUCAAGAAUUAUUUAAAAGAGUUGGUAAUCAAUUUACUGCAAUGUUCAAAAGAAAGGCUUUCUUACAUUGGUAUACUAGUGAAGGUAUGGAUGAAAUGGAAUUCACUGAAGCUGAAUCAAAUAUGAAUGAUUUAGUCAAUGAAUAUCAACAAUAUCAAGACGCUACAGUUGAAGAAGAUGGAGAUAUUGAAUACGAACAAGAAGAACAACCAAUUCCUGAAAGUUUUGAAUAA